AGCAGUGGGCAGCUCUGUCGGUGCAGCACUUCCGAGUGCGCGAACGAGUAGGACCGGGCGGACGGGACUUCAGCUCAGCAAGCCUUGGCCAAUCGUGUCGCUUCCUCCGCGUCCUCGGGCAGCCUUGGCGUUUGCGGGCCUCGAUUCGAUAGCUGGAGGUGCGGGUUUUAUCGGCGGCGGUCGACAUCGUCCCAGAAAGAUCUCUGAGAGUACGCAGCGACGUCGUGGGUCAUUGUUCGAGCGGUGAGAGCCCGGCUUUUCACGUUAGUCUGCGGCCGACUUUGAGAGCCCAAAAAGCACCCUCACAGCGGUCUGAGCCACACAUAGACAAGGGGAGCGACGCAACAGACCGGCGGAACCUCAGGGACGCGGGCCCCGCCUCGCGCGGUUCGCGCAAACGCCGGCGCGGCCUCGACAGGCCUAAGCUUUGGGAUAAAAAAGCAAGCGCGCGACGCGGCGCGCCGGCCCCCGAGGCGACUGAAAAGCGCCGCGCGGGACCAGUAAGCCGCCGGCAAGAAAAAAAAGAUGACGGACAACUCCUGGUUCGGCCCCGCGUCGCAAGCGUCGCAGCAAUGUAGCCAGGACCUCCACACCAUGUUCCCGCUCCUCCCGCCGAGCUCGGCCUUCUACGAGAACUCGCAGGACGAGUACCCCGCGGACGGGCCGCACAACGUCUCGAGCCGGACCAUGACGGCGCGCACGGUCACGAUGUCGCAGCCGCCGCCCGCGGCGCCGCCGCCGCGGCCGGAGCCCCGGAGGCCGCCGGAGGCCUCCCAGGGCGACACGGCGCCCGUCGUCGACGACGAGCAGCCGACGCCCGUCUGCUACGCGUGCCGCAUCCUCGCGCGGCGCGUCGUCGACGAGGCGACGGGCACCCAGAUGUUCGCGCCGCGCGGCGCGCAGUCGCGCGACACCGCGCCGCCGCGCCUGUUGUGGCGGUGCCCGCGGUGCGAGAAGACGCUCCGCGGCUGCGCGUACCGCUGCGGCGCCUGCUACACGAACGACCAGGGCUGCCGGCGCCACGAGGCCAAGUGCCUGCGGAACCCGAACCGCCAGACCGCCGCGCCCGCGCCGACGCAGCGGCCCGCGGUCCCGGCGCGGGCGACGCGCGACGCGCCGCCGGCGGAGGCGGUUCCGGAGGACGCGUCGGAGGACCCGGAGCUCUGCGGCGCCUUCACGCGGCUCUGGCGCCAGGACAACCCCCUGCGCUUCGACCGGAGCGCGUGGCGCGUCGUCGUCGCGCGGGACGGGACGUGGUCGCUCGAGCCGCGCACCGAGGCCGCCGCGGCGACCGUGCGGCCGCGGCCGCGCGCGGACGCCGGCGCCGUCAUCCUCGAGCCGCCGCCGCCGCCGCGGCGGCCCGCGCCCAUCGUCGUCGAGUUCGGCCUCCGGCGCGACGCGUCGACGAUCACGGACGAGCUGAGCCGGCCGCGCUGGGACUACGACUCGGACGAGACGCACCUGUCCGUGGCGCCCCCGCCGGCGCCCGCCGCCGAGGCCUUCGCGCCGCCGGACGAGGCGUUCGCGCCGCCGCCGGACGACGACGCCGAAAUACUGGCGCCGCCGGCGGGCGACGACGACGACGAC